CAAUUUUCAUGAUGGAACAAAGUGAUGAUUCUUUUAGGAAUCAAAUUUCAGCUCUUUUGCGAGUUAUAAAUGUAACACGAUUCUUCAAACAGGACAAUGUUCCUUGCCAAAUUGAAGAGGUAGUAGUGGGCAAGAACCCUUUUUAUGGGAUUAUUUUUCAUAAUAGCCUGAUUUUAUCCUGAAAUCCUUUUGGCUUUUCUCUUUUUCAAUUUCUCAGGGUCUCUUUUUGGGCUCAAUUGGAGCUGCUAAUAACAAGAAUGCACUCAAGAGUUCUAAUAUCACUCAUGUCUUAACUGUCGCUAGACCUGCACAUACAAAUGACUUUGUGUACAAAGUCAUUCCAAUUAGAGGGAAUUGCUCUUUUAAUGAUGCGGGCUUGGUUUUCGAUUUAGAAUAACUUCUUUUGAACAUUUGAAACUGUGCUUAUGAAGCAUUGUCUUUCCUCGUCUUAGUGAUGGUGUUCUUCAGAUGGUAGUCUAUUUCAGCUCUUUUGCUCCUGAGCAGCUAGUUACUCUUUCUAACAUAUGAGAAUGUUGCCUACAAGAGUCAGUAUCACUAUAGUUUAUUUAUACCUUUUAGCCAUCUGUUUCUCAUGCAUAAUCAAUUUUUGCCAAAACAUGCAUUCAACUGAUUCCAUAUGAACUAGCAUCAAUUUCCUAUCUUAUACAUGACUCACCUAAUCUAAGUUCUUUAAAAUGGAACCUUGUGGCUUCUGCUCACAUAAUAAGGCCAUAUUUACUCAUUGAUGAAAGGGCUAUUCGAGUUUUUUUAACACAUUGAGAAUCUUGAAGAAGCAUUAACAAUAACUCUAUUUUUCUCUCUGUAAAUUGAGGUAGUCUUGGACAAAGAAGAUACAAAUAUAACUCAGUACUUCGAUGAGUGCUUUGAUUUCAUUGAUGAAGCCAAACGACAGGGUGGUGGUGUACUUGUUCAUUGCUUUGUCGGAAGAUCCAGGAGUGUGACCAUAGUUGUUGCAUAUCUUAUGAAGAAACGUGGUAUG